AUGUCCAAGUCCACCACCGGCCAAAGGUCGACCAGUGGAGCUAUUGGAAUAGCUGGCCAGCGUCCGCCUCGCAGAGCCGAUGGUGGUCUAGUAGGCCAAGAAGACGGCGAACUCGCAUCCCAUGAAUGGUCUGAUGAUUUGCUCCACGAUGCAGAAUCCCCCAAAACGCGAUUGAGAGCUAGAGAACUUACUAUCAUUCCCAACAAGGCCUUGGAAACCACCCUCGAUCGUGACAAACUCCAGGAACCCAUUGAGCUGGGACACGAUGACGAGUUCCAACCGCUGAGUUGGCCCGAUAACAAAAGCGACAGCGACGAUAGCCAGAUGAGGGACACCGAUAGGGACUAUGAGGCCCCCCUGAAGGAGGAGAAGCGCUUAGGAGGGAAGGAGUACAGCAGCGGAAAGAUCGCCACGAAGAAGACGACAGAACCAAUUGGUCCUAUGGACAUCUCCGACACGAACGAUGAAGAACAGCUUGGAAGCGUUCUGGUCAUCAUCGGCUUUUCCCUUCAGGGCUGA